CCCGACUAAGACAGUCUUGACAUCUCUGACUGGUGGAAUGAAGCAGGAUUACAUGGUGUGGCACGUACUCGCGUCCAGCACUUCCUCCCCUGAUUAUGUUACUCCUCACGGUCGGACUGGCUUGUCCUAUCCUGGGCUAUUACCUCCCUCGCUUUCUUCGCGAGCGCCAGCAGCACACGGACUCUCUGUUGAACAUACCGGGGCCUGCGUCGGUGUCCUGGAUCUACGGGAAUAUGCGCGAGUAUCUCCUCUCUCCAGUGUAUGGAACGCACGAAUUUGCAUGGCUGGAGCGUUUUGGGAGUGUUUAUCGCAUCAAGGCGUGUUUUGGGGACCACCUCAUCGUGGCGGAUCCAGCGGCCAUGCAGCACAUUCUAACGAGCACCCGUUUCGACUACUCGAUCACAUAUGAAACGUUGCUCUGGCUUAUGAAUGGGCCGGGAGGGAUACAAACAGUGCGAGAUGCUUUCGAAGGCGGCCGCGAGGAACACAGACGAUUGCGAGCAGGUAUGAACGGUGGCUUCACGGCAUCCGUUGUGCAGAGCUAUCAGCCCAUGCUUGAAAGAUUGGCACAUCGCCUGUCAGUGCAAAUCGAAGAGUUGGCAUGCGAUAGCUUGAUCGAUGUGUCCCCGCUGUUGUCGAGAACCGCUCUGGGUGCUAUCUCUGAAGCUUUGAUCAAUCGGCCGUUCGAAACUCUCGACGAGGAGUUCAUCGAUCUAAACACUCGAAUUGUGGGCAUUUCAGCUAGCGUAUCAAAAGGCUAUAUCUUUGCCGACAUAAUUACAAGCAAUCUGCCCAAGACUCUAGUGAGAUGGCUGUUCGGAUUACGAGUGGGCGCCCUGGACUUGAUCAACCGAGGACGAGAGUCUGCAUUAGCCUUGGGACGGAAAUUCAUUAGUGAGCGAUCAGAUGGGGAUGAUCCCGGUGAAUGCGAAGGCAUCUAUGGCUUGCUGCGUGAGCUUUCGUCAAAAACCUUGGAGCACCAUCAUCAACUCAUGUCGUCGAGGUCGGCAGUAUCCGGCAAAGGAGCCGGCAGAACGAAGACGCUCACUCCCGAAGAACUGAUUGCUCAGACCUCUGUCCUGUUGCUUGCCGGUCAAGAUACUACCGCAACUACCCUAUGCUUUUGCCUCAUUGAGUUGGCCCGCAACCCUACAUUACAGGAACAGCUCCGCGAAGAGAUCCGAGCACGCCCGCUGUCUCAAGCAUACAGUCAGAUGCCGUUGCUCAAUGCCGUGAUCAAAGAAACUCUCCGGAUGUUCCCAGUCGUGCCUUUCACGGAUCGCAUGGCAUUCGAGGAUGAUGUCAUCCCUGUCUCUCGGCCGAUAGUAGGCCGUGAUGGACAACAAAUGACAGAGUUCCGCGUCAGGAAGGGACAAGUGCUCUCGGUCUCCAUUGCGUCGUAUCAAAGGAUCCAAUCUGUAUGGGGUGAAGAUGCAAAUGAAUUCAAUCCGAAUCGAUGGUUCGAAGGAGGCCAUGCCUCCUUGAACGAAGUCGUUGGGCCAUAUGCCAAUCUAAUGAGCUUCAUCAGUGGUUUCAGGACAUGCGUUGGGUAAGUGACCGCGAAUCGUCGUGGUUUAUGCUUAUCUGAAGCUCCCUUCCAGCUGGCGUUUUGCGUAAGUCCAUCAAAGCUGAAAUGCGUCUUCCCAGCUGAAUCUCCCAAGCAUCCUGGAAAUGCAGAUCGUUCUUUCCGAAUUGAUUUCUAAUCACAAAUUUACUAUUCCGUCUGGCAGUGAACCCGUCGGCCGAUUUGCAACUACCCUGUUCCCGACAGAUCAAACGGGAAUGAAGCGGGCCAUACUCCAUGUCGAGCGCGUGCGUGACUUCGAUCAACCAGAGACCCGAUAUUAGGAGAUCAAGUAACAUUCGGACGAUCAAUACGAGAAACGGUAUUACUUGCAUUGAGGCUGCGUCAGAAUUACUACAUUUGGGUGUGUUCGACUAUUAUGAAAACGAUUACUCUACAGUGAAGGAGCUCGGUUCGGGCGAGACUAUCGAAUAGUACUGUAUAUGCUCUGUAAUAAGUGAAAGUACAAGCGAGAGAAACCGGCCAGAUGCCCAGCAGGUUGCGGCAACAGGGAGAGCUGAUUCGCCCUUUCAAACCUUGCCAGAGCUUCCUUCAUCUUCUUUCUUCAUCUUCAUCAAGCCGAAAUGUUCC